AUAAGGACAGGGGGAGCGCACUGCUACGCGCGUGUGUGUGCGUGAAAGAGCGAGUGUGUGAAUCAGUUUGAAAGCAGAGGGUGAAGAAGCUGUACCGACCUGAGACGGACUGAAGAAAGAGCAAAGACAUAAAGCUACGUUUCGUGAAAGAAAGCCGCUAAGAGGCAACUAUUGAGAGAACGAUGUCCGGACUUCUACCGGUUUGCUGCACCUUGCUAGUGUUGCAGGUGUGUUUGGCUUCAGUCACAGUGAAGGUGACUCCAAAGGUGGAGGUGAUUAAAGGAGAGCAAGUCAAGCUGCCCUGCAGCUACACUACUUCUGAACCCCCAAGCCAGAUAGUAGUCCAGUGGCACAUAGAGACUUCAAAUGGAAGGAAGCAAAUAGCUUACAAGACUGACAAAGAUUCUGGCAUUGAUGCUGGCACACCGUUGGCAGACCGUGUAACCAUAGGAGAUGACUUUUCCCUCACCAUCUCCCCAGUCAUGGUAGAGGAUGAGAGGAGCUUCUUCUGCCAAGUGGUCGGAGGACCAGUGGGGACCUCUGAGGCUGAGACCCAGGUCAAGGUUUUCUAUGCUCCAGAGAAGCCAGUGAUUACUGGCAAUAAUCAGGCCAUCACAGUCAGUCAUGACACUAUCUCUUCCUCUGAGGUGGGUAAAUGCACCAGCAGGAAUGCUUACCCUCAGCCUCGUAUUAUAUGGUUUAAAGACAACACCCCUCUGCCUGAAGUGAAAGACCAAAAGGAACAAACAUACAUGAUACUUGGUGUAGUGAAGGAAGCCUCAGGCCUGUACACCGUGACCAGCUCUUUGUUCAUGAAGCCAGUAAAAGCAGAUGCGAAAUCUGCAUUCCACUGCACAGUGGAGUACAGCAUGCCGAACAAUCAGAUCAAACAGGAGAGCUCUGAUAAGUUCAACCUCAUGUUGCUCUAUUCAACGGAGAAUGUGUUCUUCAAACUCCUGAAUCAGGGGCCAAUCAAAGAGGGGGAUGAGGUAAAGAUGGAGUGCAAGACUGAUGGAAACCCUCAGCCUGAGUUGGAUUUUUAUAAAGAGAAAAAGCAGCUAAUGGGUUCUGAAGGCACCUUAACAUUGAAGAACGUGACUCGGGAAGAUGCUGGAACCUAUCAGUGUGAAGCUCUUGACUUUGAUGCUCUACCAGAGGUUGAACUUUCCAAGACGCUGAGCUUCAAUGUGCACUAUCUUGACCCUGUGGUAGUUGCUCCAGAAGGUCCUAAGCUAGCUUCCCAGGGAGAUGUUGUGGAGUUUCAAUGUAAGACCAAGUCUUUAGAUGAAUACACCUUGCAGUGGAGAAAGGACUCUAAGGUGCUAUCGCAGACGGGUGUGUUGAGUCUGCAGUCAGUUUCUUUGGCUGAUGCUGGUGUGUAUGUAUGUGUCGGAGCUGUACCCUCUGUGCCAGGUCUCCAAAAACAAGCCAGCGUCCACCUUACCGUCUCAGGUAAGCCUGAGAUUGAUGCUCCAGUGAAUGGUUUGGUUGCUAAGGAGGGAGGAAUGGUAACUUUCAACUGCUCUGCUCUUGGUUAUCCUGCUCCACAGUUCACCUGGACACCCUCCGGCAAAGAGUCAGUGACAGUAGUGGGGAAUAAAGUGAUCAGCACAGUGACUCUUGAUGCCACGGCUGCUGUUCUGAAGGAUGGUGUCACGUGUGAAGCAUCUAACCAGCAUGGAAUAGACAGCAAGAAGUUUAAAGUGUCCGUGAAAUCAGAUCCAGUGACAGACGCAGUAGGCAAUACCGCUAACCGAGGAAACCCCGUGUUUAAAACAGCGGAAAAACAGCAGGCAGGUUCAAGCACAGUCGUGAUUGCCGUGGUGGUGUGCGUUCUACUGCUCCUUCUGUUGGUGGCUCUGCUCUUUGUCCUCAGUAAGAAAGGCAAGCUGAGCUGCGGGAAGAAGGACAAGAAGGAUGUGGCAUCUGGGGAGGUAAAAGGUGGUAUUGUGGUGGAGAUGACAAACAAUGACAAAGGCAACGAGGAUUCCAAUCUGCUAAAAAAACCUACUGUAGAAUAGUGUUAAAGAGAGAGACACAGAAAAGAGAUAUAGAAGAACAAGAUUGCCAGAGGAGGAGGGGAUGAAGCAGUGGAAUUAAGAGUGCUCUUUUCCUUUCAAGAAAAUCAAGCCUGAUGGAGAAGAGAAAAGAUGAAUUCAUUUUAGCUGUACAGUUUUCUUUUGAGGUAUGGGGGAGGGUUGUAGGAUGGGCUAUGAUUUUUUUUUUUUUACUGAACGUGGGUUUCAAUUCAGAGGGAGGGGUAAUAAAUGUAAAUCUGGCAUAAUUUUGAUAUGUGUACCUCCUGUGUAUGAUUAUAUAAUCAGGAUCAUUUUUGUUCUUUAAGAAUGACUGAGCAGUAGAACUCUAUGGAAAAGAGCGCCAAACAAUGCCAUUCAGUGUGAGUCCACCCCGAAACAAAUACAAAAAAAUUCAGUCACUGUGGACACUGGAUCUUGCUUUACUGUGCUGCACCCUGGUUAUGACUGUUAGAGUAUGGUGUUACACAGUACAGUAUAGCCUCCUUUUGCAUUACAGACUGCACUUAGCCUACAGUCUAAAUGUUUGAUUCUGCUCAUCUGAACUGCAUACAUGCCAAUAUUUUCAGUAGCAGACCUAACAGACACUUAGCUGUUUUGGUCAAGAUAUGCAUGGAAUAUAUGGAUAUGCCCCCUCACAAAUGAAAUUGUCAAGCUCUGUCAUUCAUAUUUGCCUUUGUACAUCCCAGAACUAAAAAUGUUGCCAUAGAUAUUUAGACCAUGCCCUGAAUAGCACACAGUAUGUAUUUCUCAUGUCUUACACUUUUAUAUUUGGAGCUAAAACCAAAAGCCAGGGAAGGAAUCAAAGAAAUGCAAGUGAGAUGGGUCAUUAAUCCACUAAACAGAUUCACUAUAAAGAACUAAACGGCACUGAAAGCAUUUAUCUGAAAGCACACUGCCAUUAAAUUCAAGUCUGAGAGUCUUGUUUUUUUGGAAGAGCUUCAGAGUUACAGAACUAACUAAAUCAGCUCAUUUCUUCUGCACUGCUUUGGAUUCCAUUCUACAGCCCAAAUAUGUUUAAAGACUUUAACUUAACUUUAACCUUAUUAGGCUUGGCCUAUAAUGGGGCCAGGUCAGUACUAUCUUUUGGGUUUUACAGUUUUUCAUCUUAAAUGGCUUUUAAGAGGGUUAAGGGUUGAUUCAUUUAUAUAUUCUCACCUCCACUUUUAUUAGUUAUUUAAUUAAUUAUUAAAGAUUUGAAAGUGAUUGGAAAUGAUCUAACCUUUCAGCACAAAUCAUAAUGCUGGAGCUUUCCCAGUAUACUUGCUUUUUCUUUUUCCAGCACUAUUAUCCUCACUAGGUUAUAAUUAUUUAUAUUUAAACAUAUCAAAUUAAACGCCUUCAGCCUUUCUUUAAGCUUAAGAUGCUCUGUGUUUGUACAGUGAAACUCCAAGACUUCCAUUAACAAUUAAUGACUGUAAAUUCUGCAUGGAAGGAGAUAAACAAGAUCACCUUGUAAAAGUUGAGGGACAGGGCCAUCAUUUGUCUACUGUUGUUACAGUGUGAUCAGCUUGUUUGUUAUUUAUCAUUAUUAUUAUUCAUUGCCAUUUGCAUUUAGCCUUUGUUUGUUUUUAAACCAAAAAUAUAUGAGUGAGAAAGACGGGGUGUAAAAAUGAUUUCUGUUUGCUUGUAUAUGACGUUCCAGGUAUUGUGUUUUGCAAAUAUGUGUUUUUUCCUCAGUUAACAUUGUUGUUCAAGUAAGGCACAGCUGGAAGAUUCUAGAAAUCACUAUGUUGUUGGAACACACUGUCAUUUUGUCCCAGACCCUCCUGUUAAACAAAGCUGCGGGCCUUGUUAUUUUCUUCAAAAAACAGAUUCACAAUGAGCUGUUCCUUGAUCCAGGUCCUCUGCAUGCCAGAGCAAUGACCAGCUAGAACAAGGACUUUGAAAUGUUUUCACAAUUUUGGAAUAUGACCACAGACAUGUAUGCACACGCAAACACAUACAGUUCUUCUCUGCACCAACAACACAGUGAUUCUAGACUUUAAUCAGCAUUAUGUGUACAGGUUAACUACAAUUUGAUAAGGGCAUAGAGAGGACUGAGCCAAAAUGGGCAGGGUAGUU